AUGCCUGCUGGAGGAGGAGGAGGAGGAGGUGGUGGUGGUGGUGGUGGUGGGGGUGGGGGUGGAGGUGGAGGCGGAGGCGGUGGUGGGGGUGGUGGAGGAGGCGGAGGCAGUGGGGGUGGAGGAGGAGAACCUGGAGGUGGAACUGGAGGACCAAAAGGCGGAGAUGGGGGACCUGGAACUCCUGGAAGUGGAGGUGGCCAUGGAGGACUACAUGGUGGGGUGGCUGGCGAUGCUGGUGAUUGGUCACCUGGACUUGGACCAAAUGAUGGCUUAUGUGAUAUUAUGCGUGUUUGGGCAAAGUUCUUGUGUUGCUGCCGGUUUCUAGACUGCUUUGGUGGUUCACCAGGACCCGACAGCCCACGCGGACGGACCGCCACCCAAAUAAACACUUCAAAUUGAUCAAUAUCAGGGUCAUCUUCCUCUUCUGUUGAUGGUUAUUUUCUAUGUAUCAAUGUUUUUCUUUUUAUUCAACUACGUAUCAAUGUUAAAUAAAUCAUAAUAAAUUAAAACUAUUACGAGAUGUUGAAAGUUGCAUCACUCUGCUGCCGGUUAGAGUUUGUAAUAGUCUUAUGUUUGUAUGUUCUCUGAUUGAUUGAAAAGAUAAUGCUUAGAUCAAGCAUAUUUGUCCUAGUUUAGAUACGUAGCUUUAUAUUCUAUUACCUUAUCGAGGAGAAGGGUUUUUCUUUUCCAGCUAGCUUUCUAGCUUGGAUUAGAAUAAAAUGUGAUUUGGAUG